AUGAGCACAGUCAAGAUCAUACCUGACCGCGAGGAGCCAGGGGAGAGGCUUGAAACCCUCGAGAUCAAUGUUUGUGCCCACACACCAGAUCAUGGGCCCGACGCAUCGAUCUGCACCUUGGCAAGGCGCCCAGCAGCAUCACCUCCCGAGCAAGUUACCCAUACUUCCCAGCCUCAUACCUCUGCAGCCGUCCUGCCUCACCAGUGCUAG